AUGAUUGACAAGUCUAAAAAAACUCCAAAUGCAGCCAAAAUUGCUGAUAAUCUUAAUGAUUUAUGUAAAAAACUUAAUAAUGCAAUUAUACGUAAAAAAGAUAAGUAUUUAUGGAAUUUUUACAGUUAUUUAUAUUUGAAAUUAGGAAAAUUUAUUGAAAUAUAUAAUAAAUGUUGUAUAUUAAGAUCACAAUUAGAAGAUUUAGCACCAAAUUUAUUAGAUUCUGGAAAUUCUAAAUUAUUUUCUAAAAUCGCUGAUAUUUCACAUACUUCCAGUAUAAUAUUAUCUAAAUUUCAAUCUAUCACUAAUCUAUCAAAUAAUAAUCAACUCAAUAGUACUAAUCAAUCAAAUACUAAUCUAUCAAGUACUAAUCAACUCAAUAGUACUAAUCAAUCAAUUGGUAAUACAAAUUAUGAAGGAAUAAUAUUACCACCUUCUGUAUCUUAUAAUAAUGUAACAAUAGAUAAAAAUCACAAUUUUAACGAUAACAACACUAAUAAUUUGGAUGAAAUUAAAGAUAGUUUGGAUGAAUUUGAAAACUGGGCGAAUUUUGAUGAUUUUAAUACUAAUUUAAAUGUAAACUUAGGAGAUUCUAUAGAAAAAUGUGAAAGUUCACAAUCUGAUAGAGCUAUUGGAUAUGAAAAGGCUAUAGAAUCUUCCAAAUAUACUAAGGAAUCUAAAAUACCUAAGGAUUCUAAAUAUACUAAGGAAUCUGAUAGAGUUGUUGGAUCUAAAAAGGCUAUAGAAUCUUCUAAAUUCAAAGAAUCUAAAAUACCUAAGGAAUCCAAAUAUACUAAGGAUUCUAAAUAUACUACCACUGGAAAGGGAGCUAAUUUUAUGGGUAUGGAGUGUACUAUGGGAAAGGGAGCUAAUUUUACAGCUAUGGAGUGUACUACCGGAAAGGGAGCUAAUUUUACAGCUAUGGAGUGUACCUCUGGAAAGGGAGCUAAUUCUACCCUUAUGGAGUGUACUAUGGGAAAGGGAGCUACUGGAUCUGAAAAUGCUAUAGAAUCUUCUAAAUUGGAGAAAUUACAAUUGGAAAAAUUGGAAUCGGAGAAAUUGAAUAGAAAAAUGAUGGAAUUAGAAAUAGAAAGAGAAGAAUUGAAAUUACAACAAUUAAAAUUAAAAUAUCAAUUACAAACAAAUACAAAUCUCAUUUCCACUAAUACUUUUCCACAAAACCAACAGAAUCCAUUGAGUCAACAGAGUCAACAGAAUCUACAGAACCAACAGAGUCUAAUGAACUUACAAAAUCCAUUGUAUGGAAAUCUAUUCUAUGGAGAGAAUCUAUUGUAUGGAAAUACAUUUGAUAUAUUGAAAGAAUUAAUGAUUGGUAAUGAUAUAGAACCAUUAUGGCGUAUAGAGAAUGAUGGUGGAUUAAGUAAUUAUUUAGGAGAUUACGCUAUAAAUGGUAAAAAUAUAAUAAAAACGAAUAAAUAUUCAUUGGAAUUUAAUACAAAUCAAUUGAAUUACGAUACUUUUAUAUUAAAUUUAAGAAUCAAAUUACAAAUUUUUAUUAAUAUUUCUUCAAUAGAAUUAUAUUAUCAAGAUGGUUCUUCCGUUACGGUGCUUGGUCAAUCGGAUACCAAUACUACUAAUAACCUAACUACCAGUAGUAAUAAUACUACUAAGUAUCCUACCAUAGGACCAAGCACCGUAAUGGAGGAUACCCGAAAGGGAGCUAAUUCUAUGGUUACAGAGUGUACCCCUGGAAAGGGAGCUAAUUCUAUGGGUAUGGAGUGUAAUACUACUAAUAGUAAUAGUAGUACUAGGGGUGAGAAUAUUAAUAGUAGUUGGAGCAAGCACCGUAACGGAAUAAUAGAAAAAAAUAUGAAUAUAGAAUUAAUGAAAUUAAAAGAAUUUCCAAAAUUGAUAAUAAAAUGUAUAGAAAAUGAUGGGAAUAUAAAUAAAUUAGAAAUGAAAAUACCAAUAGGAAUAUUUCAAUGUGUAAUACCAUUAGAAUAUAAUAUACAAAAAUUUAUAAAUGUAUGGAAUAUAAUAAAUAAUAAUAAAAUACGUAUAUUUGUAUGGAAAAAAUAUAUAAAUAUAAAUGAAAUAAUAAAUAUACUUGAAAAAUAUUUCAGUAUAAAAUUUAUUAAUGGAAUUAUAUUAAUCAGUGGAUAUGCAAAUGAUAUAAUAUUAGGAAAUAUAAUCAUAAAAAAUAAUAGUUUAAUAGUAAUACAAUUAAAAUCUAAAUCUAAUAUUCUAAUCAAUUCUAUUAUGGAUAUUUUAAAAGAAAUGUUCUCUACAUUAAAUAAUACAUUUGAUUAUAAUAUUUAUCAAUAUGUUUUAAAACAUAUUAAACAAUUACCAAUCAAUUAUCAAUCCAAUAUUAAAUAUACCAAUAUAAAACAUUAUUAA